AUGAGUAGUGGUGUUGUAGACAAAAAGAACAAAAAGGAAGAUGAAGAUGUUGUGAUGGAAGGUGGUGAAUCUACAGCUGGUUUGCCUUCACAAAACCAGCAUGUUAAAACAGAAGAAGAAGAAGAAGAAGAAGAAGAAGAAGAACUAGAUAAAGAAAAAAUUAGAAUUUUACCUCAAGCUACCUCAGAGGAUGGUACAUCUGCAUCAUUCCAGAUUUCUAAUGAAGAUCAUACAUUAGGUAAUGCUUUACGUUAUAUGAUUAUGAAGAAUCCUGAAGUCGAGUUUUGUGGUUAUUCUAUACCACAUCCAUCUGAAGACUUUUUAAAUCUUAGAAUCCAAACAUAUGGUGAUAUCACUGCUGUUGAUGCUUUAAAAAAAGGGUUGCAAGAUUUAAUGGAUUUAUGUGAUGUUGUAGAAGAAAAAUUCACACAAAGAAUAAGAGAGAUAUCUAAUUAUAAUCAUCGUGGUGGUGAUUUCCGUGGUGGUAGGGCCUCUGACGCUAAUUCCUAUAAUCACCGUGGCAAGGGUUUCGGUGGUGGCCGUGGUGACUACAAUUCUAGAUCGUCCAAUUUAUCUAAACCACAAGAAUUGGUAAAACCAAAUUGGGACGUUGAAUUACCAAACUUACCAACAUUUGAAAAAAAUUUCUAUGUUGAACAUGAGUCCGUUAGAAAUAGAUCAGACAAAGAAAUCGAACAAUUUAGAAAAGAAAAUGAAAUGACUGUAUCCGGUUCUAAUAUUCCUAAACCAAUUACAUCCUUUGAUGAAGCUGGAUUCCCAGAUUAUGUGUUAAAAGAAGUUAAAGCUGAAGGUUUUGAAAAACCUACCGGUAUUCAAUGUCAAGGUUGGCCAAUGGCUUUGUCUGGUAGAGAUAUGAUCGGUAUUGCUGCUACUGGGUCCGGUAAGACUCUAUCCUACUGUUUACCAGGUAUUGUUCAUAUUAAUGCGCAACCUCUAUUACAGCCAGGUGAUGGUCCAAUUGUUUUAGUCUUGGCUCCAACCAGAGAGUUAGCUGUUCAAAUUCAAAAGGAAUGUUCCAAAUUUGGUCACAGUUCUCGUAUCAGAAACACUUGUGUUUAUGGUGGUGUUCCUCGUGGUCAACAAAUAAGAGAUUUACAUCGUGGUGCUGAAAUCGUAAUUGCCACUCCAGGUAGAUUAAUCGAUAUGUUAGAAUUAGGUAAGACUAAUUUGAAGAGAGUUACCUAUUUAGUUCUUGAUGAAGCUGAUAGAAUGUUGGAUAUGGGGUUCGAGCCACAAAUUAGAAAGAUUGUCGACCAAAUUAGGCCUGAUAGACAAACUUUAAUGUGGUCUGCUACCUGGCCAAAAGAAGUUAAGCAAUUAGCUGCUGAUUAUUUGAGUAAUCCAAUCCAAGUUCAAAUUGGAUCUUUAGAGUUAGCUGCAUCCCAUAAUAUUACUCAAUUAGUUGAAGUGGUUACUGAUUUUGAAAAGAGAGAUCGUCUAGUUAAGCAUUUGGAGACUGCGUCACAAGAUAAGGAAUCUAAGAUUUUAGUUUUUGCAUCUACCAAGAGAACCUGUGACGAUAUUACCAAAUAUUUAAGAGAAGAUGGUUGGCCAGCUUUAGCUAUUCAUGGUGAUAAAGAUCAAAGAGAGCGUGACUGGGUUUUGAACGAAUUUAGAUCCGGAAGAUCUCCAAUUAUGGUUGCCACUGAUGUUGCAGCUAGAGGUAUUGAUGUCAAAGGUAUUAAUUUCGUUAUUAAUUAUGAUAUGCCAGGUAACAUUGAAGAUUAUGUUCAUAGAAUUGGUAGAACUGGUAGAGCUGGUGCUAAAGGUACUGCUAUUUCUUUCUUCACAGAAGAAAACAAAUCACUUGGUGCUCCAUUAAUUUCUAUCAUGAGAGAAGCCAAACAAAAUGUUCCAGAGGAUUUAUUGAAAUAUGAUAGGAGACCAAGAGGUCCACAUCCAAGAUAUGGUGGCCGUGGUUACAGUAAUGGUGGUUAUCGUAGAGGUAACUAUGGUGGCCGUGGCGGUUAUGGUGGUUAUAGACAAAGAGAUUCUGGUUGGGCUGGCAGACGUUAA